UCUUUGGAGUUGAUCAAAGCCAAAAAGCUACAAUUUGCACGAUCAAGAUCCACAAGAAUCCCAGAUACAGAUUACACACUAACCCUUGCUUGUGCAACAUUUCUGUCCGACAUCCAAGGAAAGAAUCGCCAAAUCAUUGUUGUCUUCCAGCCAUUUUCUGCCAACAAAAUACCACUGUGUAUGUUGCAAAGUGCUGAACGUGAUUUCUGUUUAAAAAUUUUGGAGAAGUUCAAAACAUUUGCAGAAGAAAAUGGUGUAGUUGUUGCACCUGUAGCAGGAGCAUAUCCAGAACUUGUUUUUGCAAUCAAACCGAAGUCCCAAUAUGCCAUUUCGACUAGCAACAAAUAUGCAGAUAUUCUGGUAAUAUUAUCAAUUCAGCGAAUUAACAAGAAAGCUGUUAAUGCUGAUUUCCCAAAUCUUGAUAUUGAUGGCUCUUGGAAUGAAAAUUUAAUCAAAUGGUUGUUGAAGAGGUUGAUCAAAAGCAACUUUGAAAUCAGAAAGAGUUGCAUACGAAACCAACCAGAGGUAACAAACAUCGCUCGAGAGGUAUCAAAAAGCUUCACAGAGAUCUUAGCCAACACUAGAAAGAAGGCGUUCAAGAGAGAGUGUCUUGGCAUUUUGCAGGCUGAUUCUCUGAAUCAAUUUGAGUGCAAAGUAACGGAUAUGGCUGAAGAAUUUUUAAAUAAUCGAUGCUCCUUGAAAAAUAAGGACCAAUCAGACCAAUCUAAAAGCAAAAGAAAGAGUGACUUCGAAAGCUUUGAAUUCCCAGAUCUAUAUUCGCAUAAGCACCUGGAAAUAUUUGGAAACGGAUCGUGUUCAAAAAAGCAAGACGACAUGAUAGCUCCAACAAUGGUAGUGAACACCAAAGGAAAUUCGAUGAACUUGCAGGAACGCAAAAGAAAAGACAAGAUGUUUGAAAAUGUUAUUAAACAAGCAAAGCCUAGAACGGAACUUCAUCUUCAUAAUCAUCAAUUACUACCAGAUGGCAUUCGUAUGGCGAGUCUUGUUACAGAUGCCAUCGAACUGCCACAAGCAUACCCAUUACCGCAGAAAAGGCGUCGGAUAUUUCCAGAAACAAACUCUGCAGGAGCUAGGAGGUUAACUGUGAAAGUGCCUCCAAAGGAUGCGACAACAGCUAGCGGUAAUGCACCAGUUUUUAAACAUGGAAAGAAGAUACCGACGAAAUAUCCGGACAUUGACAUUGAAAUUGUCUCUGGAAAGUACCAACUUGUAACAGGCAGCCCUUCACAUUCAGAUGGCAAGUUUACGAGCGUAGGCAUGAUGAACGAAGAAGGUAGAUUUGAUGUCGCCGCUUCAUUGUCUAAUAUGGCCUAUGCUCCUGGACAAAAGCGCAGUCUACCCAAAAACGGUCAUUUAUCAGGCUCUGAAACCUUGAGAAGACCCAUCCAAUAUGGUUUCGUUGAAAGAGAGAUAGACGACCUAGCAAAAAAAAGUAUGCAGACAUCUUUAUCUCCUCCGCAGCAAAGUGUUACCUCUUCGUUGAUCACAGAGGUGCCAAGAGCAAGUGAGGGAAGUGACCCAUUGCGUGCCGCUAAUGAAAAUCAGAAUGAUGUUCUAUCGAAUCAUCUACCGGAUUUUGAAAUUUUAGAUGAACUUUUUAUCCCUGCUAGUAUGCAACAGAAAAAUGAAGGCCUCAGUGGUUCAUCUAUUAAUUUCUUUCAUAUGGGACAAAUGCCAGAACAUACACUGCGCAAUGUAGAACCCAAUGAUUUAGAUGGAGGUCUGGGUGGGUUUGAUGAAAUAGCCAAUUUAUUUGGAGAUGAGAUAUUGACUCUUUCCUUCGUAGAAUAAAGUAGAAUAUUUACAAUUCUUUACUUAUGCAUACUUUUGCAUUGAAUACUUAUCGAAAUUUUCUUCUUAUAAUAUUCAGCACUAUGAACAUUAUUUAUUUAUAAAUUUGUUUCCAUUUAUCACAUAUAUUUACAAUAAGAUUUAUUUUAUUUAUUUUGAAUGAUUCUGCUUCAAAUGUUGUGUCUUUAUUUGCUUAAGCGAUCUGUCAAUAAUUAUUAGCCAAUCAACAAGAGUGGGAGUUGUAUCAUGUCACUGAUAGGCCACUAGUUGAUUUUCAAAGGACUGAAGCCCUUUUAUUAUUUUUCUUUUGCCUGCUAGUGACUGCAUGUCACUAAAACUGCGCUACGAGGGUUAGUAUAGAGACCUCGUUCACACUCAACGUAGAAAAGUGAAACUGAGCUGUUUUGUUGGGAAUAUUUAUCAUCCUGCUAGCUGAUACGAGUUUCAUCGAAAGUGAUAGACAUAGGCACUCAUGCUGGGACAAUCUUCUAUGCAAGCCACUUUGGAUUAUUUGCAUAAACAGUUUAAAGAAAAGAAAAACGUCGAGGAAAUGCUGGUAAAGAAAGGUGGACAAAGGGUUAGAAUUUUUUUAAGAAGUUGGUCGAAUGAAGUAAAUAACUUGAAUCCAGUAUUUAUGAAAGAGAUAUUUCAGUUGAAUGAACUUGCAUAUAAUUUUCGAAAUCAAUCUUUUAUGCAAAAAAAGCCGAACACUGUUACUUAUGGGCUAGAUACACUGUCCUAUAGAUGUAAUGAAAGGUGGAACUCUAUACCGAUAGAUAUUCGAUCGACAGAAAAUUGUAAAGUAUUCAAAACUAAAAUUAAACAAACGGAUCUUACUUACUCGUGUAAACUAUGCACACCAUAUAUUUCUAAUAUUGGAUACUUGUAGACAUCAUGAUUUUUCUUAUAUUUGUUAUUGUUACAAGUUACUGUUGAUUAGCUGCUUAUUAGCUAUUAUUUUGUAAGCCAACAUAAAGUGAAUAAAAAAACCCAUUUGUUCGAAACAAAACAGAAAGAUGGAGAAUAUUCUUAACUCCAACGAAGUAUGAAACUCUCUAUGUUCGUCUCUAUAGGUCACGUGAGCCAGGGUCCCUAAGCAUACACUUAUGAACAAUCUGAGGCUGAGCUACUGUAAAAUUCAAGAAAACGAGGAGCUUUUUGCCAUUAAAGGGGUGCUUUUCAGAUAAUUUUCAAAUUUAUUGGCAAAUAAAGGAUAUCUCACUCACUGUCUUGGUAAAUUAGGCCUGAUCACCCCCUCAAGCACAGCAUCUAGCAAUUGCGCUGCUCAAAUUUUUUGAAAACAUUGCGAACAGCCGGCUUGAACUUCAAUUUUGCUGUUUCUUAUAAAAAAGUAGUAUGUCAUCAUAUUACUAAAUUGCUACAUUUUUAUAUCUCACUGACUAAGUAAUGAAAAUUACAAAGAUUCAUGAGUAUAAAACUCAAAUAAUGUGUGACAGUUUUGCCCUGGAUAUUGAAACAGUAUUGUUCCAAGCUGUCUCACAUGGAAUCUCUAGCGUUUUCUUGAUUGUGAGCAAAAUGAUUGUUUUCUUUAUUUUUAUUGCAAAUAUACAGCAUAUAAAAUAUAUGUCGUUAUACCCUUUAAAGCUUUUAAAUUGCCCGCUAGUACUUUUUCAAUUCAUUCUUACUAACAAAGCUCUAAUAUUAUCAGGGUUUGUAGUUAUUAAUUUUGCUCGAGCCACGUUUAAGUGACAUUGGCUUCGUUCUCCAAAACCCUGAAUAGCUCGGGCAAUACUUUGAAAAAAUUUGAAAGUGUAUUAUUAUCAGCGAAAUUAUGAAGUUUUGCCUGCUUUAUAAAGAGAAAGAAAUCAUUUAUCGAAAAAUUAAAUAAAAUUGAUCAAAGUGCAGAACCCUGUGGAACUCCUGAGAAACACUUUUUAGGAACUUUUUAAAUUAUUAUCUGGACACACACUAAAAUAUUUUUAUCAAAUCCAUAUGUAUGUAAUUUUUCUAUAAUUAGAUCAUGUGUGGAAUGUAGACAAUGGCUCUGGAAAGAUCGAAAUUUCUGGAAAUUUCCAAACUCUAGUGUUUCCUAAAGAUCAUCGGUUGCUAUUUUAUUAUCUUUUACGACAGAGAUAUCUGAGCAAAUUAGCGCACCUUUAUUGGAUUACAAUGGCUUGACAAGAUCCAAAAAAGUUUUAUUAGACAUCAGGCCAUUUUAGAAGCUUGUUUGAAAUGAUUUUUUGCUUUGCCUGUUUUUCUGCAUUGUAACUCAUUUCUUGCGUUGCUUUUUUAACUUAGUCCUAUUUUCAUCUGCAGGCUCUUUGCUGCACUUUUCGCAUUUCGCAUUUCUAGUGUGAAUGGCAUUUCUAGUUUGUUGCACUUUUUGCAUUUCUAGUGUAAAUGACCAUAUUUAUAUUUCGGGUGUUGAAUUUCCUCUCUGAAUUUAAGAAACCCCACUUAGAAUCAGAUUCAAGCGUAAACAUAAACAUAAAGAGCGUAAACGCUGUAGGGUAAAAAGUACCACAGAGUGGUUCGCAAGAGUUAAGUUCUAGAGGACUGUAUAUAUUCAGAAUAAAUGUAAGAUAAAUAGUUUGAUAGUUUGACGAACGAGAGAAAUAUGGAAAGAAAUCACCUGGUUGUCUUUAGAAAUACCAUAAAAUCAUCAGAGAAACAGUACAGCAAGAAUGAUUCGAAUAAGAUUUAAUCUUCGUGAGAAUGUCAAUACAACGACGUUUCGCAAGAGUUUUUUCGAAUGAAUGUUUUCAAUAGUGUGUAGAUACGUCUGUGCGCUAGCGUUUAGAUAAUAAUAAUAAGUUCCAAUUUGCCACACCUAUCAAUAUCGUAGCCUCGUUUUCAUGGUUCGCUCACACUGAACUCUUGAUUUUAACGGCGCAUGUUUUUCAAUGAAAUAUCGGGAAGUACUAGUCAUGCUGUCAUAGGACUUAUCAAAAUCAUUCGUAUAGUAUUUAAAGGAAGCUUUCUUAGCAUCUUGAAGAAACGUUAAACGUUUUAUUAUUGCUAUAUUUGAUCUUCUUAAGCUUGAAUCUUGCAAGCACCGCUCUAUUGCUUUUGAUUUUUCAAGUGCGAAAAAUAAAUUGAAUCAAACCACUUUGGACCCUUGGUUGAAAAUGAUGCAAACUGCAUGAUAAUGGCGAGGUUAUGUUUCUAAAUUUGUCAAAGAAGUAGAAUGAUUAGACUGAUAUUGUAAAGAGAGAAGAUCGAUGUGGAGAUUGAUAUGUUACUGGAAAAUGGAUCCUUGACAAACUUUUUUCAGAAGUCAAGCAAAAGCAACGCAACAAAUUUUCUGCACAAGAAAAAAAACAUUACACCACACACUAAUUGAAAGAAAAUGGACUGAAAUAAUGGCUCGCAAUAUUGAAAGGGGCAGUUGAUGGAAUUUAUUGUGAGAACGAAACUUUAAGGAAAGAAGAAUAAGCAUCAGGUUUUAUGUAUUAAAUUCACCAGAUAUAAUGACAGGUGAUAAAGUUUUUAUUUUUGUUGUAGUAAAUGUAGCAUUUCAGGAAUGGUGAAUAAUGUUUCGUAUAAAGCCAACUAUUGUUUUAAAAAGAAUUAACACCAAAUAACAAGAAUAAAUCUUAUAAUUUUUCUCUUCAGAAAAAUUAUAGAUCUCUUUUAAUUGAUAACUUAAGCAAUUUUUUCUUAUUUUAUAAAUAUAAGAAGAUGCGUUUGAAUGAUAAAAAGUUUUUACAAGUUACCCUUAUCUUGCUACCUGGGAAAGUGUGGCGGUAGCAGGUACCAAGAAAGACCAAUGCGCGUCUAGCAGGACAACAUCAGGGAAUGGACCGGACUCGGCGGACAAGCAUGCUACCGCCUCAUUGCAGACAGGGAAUGGUGGCGAGCGAGCGUCAGGCAAUGGGUGCACCAACGGACUAAUACAUUGAUUGUCGAUCUUGCGGCGAAAACAAGUUGUAUAAAAAAGAUUGCGCUGAUUUUCACGUUCUAUUGAUCUGUGUUUUACAUUUUAUGAUAGUUUAACACUGUAACAUCAAAAACUUUUCGGCAAAGGAAAUGAAAAUAAGGUUUUCAUAUGCCAUUUUCGAUAAAUACCUGUAUUCUUCCCAACACAGUUUUCAGACCUGUCUCUAAAGAGGAACGGGAUGCGGAAAAACUAAAAAGCCAUGUAAAAGCAGCUUUUUGAAAAACGGAUAUAAGUUCUCUUGCUGCUCAAUAAAAAGGGAAAUUUAUCUACUUUCUUUAGCAAGUUGCCUCUUUUUCUUUCUUUCACGGUGUGCGACUUUCCCUGCACCCCGAAAAAGAGAAAGACAAAAAGACAAAGCGAAACUUUCUAAAACUGAUAUCACAACUAAGUGGAGAAAAUAUUUCCUUUAAUUAAAGCUAUAUUUAAAUAUCCCAAAAUCCUUUUUGUCAAAUUGUACCUUUAGUUUUGGCUGUGUCACGUAAUAAGAUAUCGUCCUCCGCCAUACCCGUCAACAAAACUGUCUGCGCCCUAAAUCGUAACCCGUUGCUUUUCUAUCCAAUCCAGGGUUAUUUAAAGGUAGAAUAGAAUAUCAGAAAUAUCAGAAAACAGUUGCCUUCUUUCCACUUUUCACACAAAACUAUUUUUCUAUAGAAAUCCCUCCGCCGAGAAGCUAUGCAGGCGUUUGUUGUUUACUUUCUGCCUUAAGUGCUAACCAAUUUAAUACUCGUAUCUUUAUGAGUCCUCUAAUGACAACGUGGGUUGACAAUCCCCUUAGCAUAAAUUCAAUGAACUUCUCAAGCACAAAUUAAUCUGUGAAAGAAAUUAAACCUUUAUGCCAUACAACCAUCACAUGACAGAGCUUUCAAGAAGAACUUUUCCGUAAUUCAAAACUGCACCAAAUAGAUUUGAAAUUCAAUAAUAACUCAGAAUUUCUGUGAUAAAGAUUAACAUAGCCAAAACUCUUUAAGAUCUCUGGACAAAGAGUUGUUUAUCGAGGGAAGGGUAGCGAUUUGGAAAAAUAUAGGGGAGAGGGGGGAGCACUCAGCUAAUGAAACUUUCUAAAGGCUACUUGUUAUGGUGGUUUUAUUAAAAAGAACACAUGAUUUUCUUUGUCGGUAGCAGCUCCUAGACAAAAUGAUUUAGACCCAGUUUCAGUUUCACACCUGCAUAUCAGCAGUCAGAUGAUAUGAUGUUUGUACCUUUCAGCAUAAAUGUGAAAAGGAAUCUCCCUUUCAACCAAUGUGAAAGUCCGAGCAUUCUAUGUGUAGAAACAGAAACAAAUAAAAUGAGCUAUUGAAACAUUGAUUGAAAGUUUAAAACUUUUCUUCUGUAGCUACAAAAAGAGAAUCGAUCAUUUUUUACUAUUUUUAUGGAAAUUCGAAUUUGUUGCACAGUUUUUUAUUUUAUAAGUAUGUGUCUUUAAUCAUAACAAAACGUCUCGAUUUUAAUCACAUGGGCUCCGAUGCAGGUUGGAAAGUGGAGGGGCCAAGAGAAAAUAUAACAAUCAUAACAACAUAUUUUAAGAAAAGCUCUAUUGUUUUUGUUGUUUGCAAAAAGUGAGGGGGCCAUGGCCCCCCAGGCCCAUUGUUGCCGCAGAAGGGUAAGAAGAUGUUCCAACAAGAGUGAUUCCAAUUCUCGAAAAAUGCUCUCAUUGAAGCAUUUUUUUCCUUCACAAAUAAUUGGAUGGGUUUUCUUCAGACCGGGACAAUAUCUCUCACAUCGCAGGGCCGGCGAAACGUAUUUGAAAGUGGAGGGGUCAAAAUAUCAAAUUCUUGAAAGGGAUUAAGAAAGACCAAUUUUAGAAUUAGAAUUAGAGUUAUGGUGUCUUAGGGAUGGCCAGAAACACUAUCUCAAAUGGAUUUUGACUGCAGGAAAUCCGAGGCAAUAUAUCUUAGCUUUGUUUUAUCAACAUGUCCCAUAGUCUAGUAUAUUGCAAUGUUGACUUGAAACAGUAAAGGUGAAAAAGGAAAGGUUUAGCAAAGUUCGAAUAACCUUUGUAAUAUAGCUCGUAAUGAAAUUUUUUUAGAUUCUGAAAGUACUCAAAUAAAAUAAGAAGAGGGAGAAAAAUAGAUACAACACGGUUCAAUAAAAACAUUACCAUUGAAAUAUCAACAGAAGAACCAGGUAUCAGCUAAAUAUAAAAAUUAAGAAUUUUUGUACAGUUUGGAUAUUUCUUAAACUUAAUGGAAACAGAGGGUUCUUAACAAAAACACUCUAGAUUUGAAAAAAACCGGGCUGAUAAAAACGAGUUUUAAUAGAUUUUAAAAUUGCAUCUAUAUUUUCUCUUUCUUAGUAGGAAUGGAUUAUCCAAGCGAUCAAACUUUGAAGUUUUCUUCAUGAUACUUAUUAAGAACAAAUUUGCAAGUUCUUUAUUUCUCAUAUCUUCAAAAAUUUUCUUUGCAGCUCUUUUCUUUCCUUCAACAGCUGAUUUCUCUCUUUUUGUAAUGCUUCUGAGAAAGUUUUCGUUAACAAACAGACCCCUUCAAA